CAGAGCACCAUUUCUUACAUUGUACACUUUCGAACAGUCCUACAAAUCAACAGUGUCAUGUUGAGAUUGUUUGUUUUGCUAGUUCUCUCGUCAGGGGUUGUUGCUAAAUGUGUUAAUGAAGAGGGGGAGGCGAGGUCAUGGUUCCUCAUGCUCAAGAUGCCUGGUGGUUACGACUACUUGUACGCAGAUAAUGUAGAAGGUGAGCUGAAGAAAGGGUCUUACAAGCUGACAGAUAAAGAGAAUCCAGCAGGUCGAGUUUUAGAACCGAUCUACUCUGACGCUGAUCACGGUACUAACUUUAUCGUGUACAACGAUCAGGUUCCUGAUGGAUCAGUCACAACUUGUAGGGGACACACUAAAGGUGCGGUGAUCUGGAACGACGACAGCAGUAUACAGUGGCUGAUACACAGUGUUCCUAACUUCCCUCCCCAAAAAGAGAAAGGAUACUCGUUCCCGGCGACAGCAGAGAGAUUUGGACAGUCUAUCUUGUGUAUUGACAUGGAGGAGAAAGCACUGGGUCUGAUCACAGAACACUUGUACUACACGUGGCCCAUGAUCUACAACUCUAGUGUCAGUGAGAAGUACACUGACAACAUACAGUACUUAGAUCUGGUACUACACGGUAAACAUGUCAAGGGAGCUCCCUGGGUCAAGAUACAAGAGUUCGAGACAGCAGAACAAGACAUGAAGUUCACAGCGUUCGCUAAAACGGGAGAGUUUGGUUCUGAUCUGUACAAGGACGUGAUAGCACCGCACCUCCAGGAGAACAUGUACACAGAGACAUGGCAGAACGGGAGAGGGAGGAUCCCAUCCAACUGUAGCGGAGACACAGCUGUGUACAACAACGUGAAGAUGAAGCUGCUAGACCGGGAGUACACAGAGACACAGGACCACAGUAAGUGGGCUGUAACAGAUCAGGGACACCUCUGUGUAGGGGGCAUCAACAGGAUGAGCAGUCAGUUUACCAGAGGCGGAGGUAGCUUGUGCUUUAAGGCUGGGGAGGUGUGGAAACAGAUGCUGCAUGGUAUACAGCUCUACGAGGAGUGCCAGGAACACAUGUAGAGGAGUGCCAGGAACACAUGUAGAGGAGUGCCAGGAACACAUGUAGAGGAGUGCCAGGAACACAUGUAGAGGAGUGCCAGGAACAUGUUUACAGGAAUUUUAGGAACAUUACAUAAAGUUUACACUCUGAAGUUUGGACAAUGUGGUUAUUAUACUAUUUAACUUGUGCACGUUACACGGUUACACGUUACACACUCUUCAAUAUUCAUUAAUCCACAUUAAACUUCGUCAAGUAAUUUAUAUCAGGGAACUCUAUACAAUCCCUAGUACAUUGUAAUAUGGAAUUCUCUGGUCAUAUUUUCGAAGCGUGAAUGGUGGAUUGUUAAUUGUUAUUAUGUUGCAUUGUCUGUGAUGGGUUGGCUGAGGCCUUUAAUGGCAUAAAUCGAUUAAGAAGACUAAUUUAAGAGCUAUUUUGAGAUUUGCUAUCAAUUAAAACCAUUAUUUAAGUUGUCAUGUCACAACAUUUUACUCAUGUAUUUUCUUUUACAAAAUGUUUUA